UGUUUACGAGCAAAUACACUAGAAUUCAAUUGUUUUGAUCAGACUGAUCAGUAUAAUCGUGACUCUUAAUACGUCGUUCAUUCAUUUUAUUCAUUGUUUUAGUAACUGAAAAAUUGUUUUGUUGUUUUUUCAUUUUGUUCAAUAUUCCAAGUAAUCAAUUGUACAGUUGAAAAUCAAGUGAAUAAAUGUCUGUUCGGUUAGUUUGGCUGGAGUUUCAAUGAAGUGUUAUUAUUUUAUAACCCUACUUUGUAUUAAAUCACCUUUUUUUACAACAAAAAUUAUCGUGUAAUUUUUUGUCACAAUGCAGUAUGAAUUACAUUUCAAUCUUCAACAAAAAGCAGCAUUAAUUGGUGCGAUAUCAUGUUGGGAAAAUCAGAAAAAUAGGAUAAAUGAGUUUUUUACAUCUUGUGGAAUAAUUGAAAGUGAUGAAGCUAAAAAUAAAUGGAUAAGGUUAACUCAACAAGUAGUGGAAGAAUCAAAUCAAAAGAUAUUACCUUCAAAAUUAAAGGGUGAAUUUAUUUAUAUUGUAAAGGAAAUAGGAAAAAAGAUAUUUAACUGGUUUAAGUACAUUUUAUAUGAAAAUAAUUUAAAACACGAAGAAACAUUAAAUUAUAUUAAUAAAAUAUACUGGACACCUUAUGGUACUGUUGAUGAAGUUGAAACAUUUAGACUAUCUUGGUUAGAAAAUUCAAAUCUCAGUAUCACUAAGGUGUAUAAUAAUGCAUGCAAAUAUGCAUUAAAAAAAGAGAUUGAUCAUUUGUGGCAAAACAUAUCAAAGCUUAGACAAAUUAAUUUCAUCAAUGAAAAUGAGGGUUAUGAUCAACAGCUAUCAGCAUAUUGGAAAUAUAUUAGAGAUGGUGAUGUAUCUUUUUUAAAAAAAUGUUUCGAUAAAUCUCCACUUUAUUUAAUACUUGAAAAUUUCUAUGAUAUUUCAUAUUAUGACGACAAUUGUUCUCCAGAGGAAAACAUGUUGAAGUUAUCAGUCCAGCAAGGUAACAGGAUUGCAACAAAAUAUUUCUGGGAAAAGCUAACAGAAGAUGAAAAAAAUAGAAGUGUAAUAAAUUAUGCACGUAUAGCUGUGAUAUAUUAUAUUCAUAGUGAACAUGAAAAAGAUGUAUUUAAUUAUAAAAAUGAAAAUUAUGUUGAGAUAUGUAUAUUUUUAAUCAACCAAAUGACUAAAGAUCAAAAGAAGUUAUUUCUUAAUGAAGCAUCAGGAUCAUUAAUAUUGGAUAAAUUAGUCUAUAAACAAACAGCUGUCAAGAGUAUAGUCUUAAGGAUGUUAUUACUUGUAUGGCCUUGGCAAGAACUGCUUACAUCAGUAUUAAAUGAAAUGUUUGAGAAUCUACAGCUUGAUAGUAGGAUAGUCCAAAUGUGUCUAGAUGUGAUAAUAAAUAAGAUGGUUGAACAUCACAUGCUAGGUCAUUCUGUACGAAAUAGCAGAUAUCAGAGAAUAUUCCAUGAAGUCUGGCUAAUUAUUCCAGGAUCUAUGAAGCAAAAAAUAAUUCAAGAUCAUCCAAAGUGUGAUUUUAUUUGCAGAUUGCUAGAUAUAUGGGAUUUAAGUAGCAUCAAAUUGAUAAUAAAUGAUCCAGAAAUUGCAGCAGUCAGAGAUCAAUACCUAGAGUCUGGACACAAAAGGUACAGAUGGUUGAUAAUAAAUGAUCAAUAUGAGCGACUAGACCAGUUCAUAGAGGAAGUAUUAAGAUCUGAAAAAGAGAAAAAAUAUUUCAAAAAGAAAAUAAUCAUCCGGGACUAUCAGAUAUUAGAUGACAAAUUCCACCUAGUUGAUACAGUCUUGCAUUGGCAAUGGAAUAAACCUGAGAAUAUGCAUUAUGUCAAGAGUGUUAUUGAUCAUAUUAACUUGUGUGAAUUAUUUAUAAAAACCCAUCGAUGUGAUUUAGCUGAUAAGUUUUUAAAUUGGACAUGUGAGACAGAAGAGGAGAAGAGAAAGUACAAGGAUCAUCUUAGGGAUAACAUGUUUUUGACGAGUAGAUUGAUGAAAUAUGGAAAAUGAGCAGAAAAAAUGUUGAUGGAAUAAAAUAUUUUAGGUUUUUUUGUACUGACUGUUAAAAUCAGAAAAUGAAUAUGUAUUAAAAAUUGAUUUACAACAAAA